AUGCGACCAUAUCUUCUUGCGGCCGCGAUUGGCCUCCCAUUCGUAACGGCAGUGUUUCGAGACGAGGUUGACGUUCUCGAUUUCCACCAUGAGCGCAUCGGCGUGCCCCAAUCCCAGACGACCUUCUUCCACCGGCCGCGAUUAGACGACAAGGCGAGCCUGCUUUACACGCUGAGCGACGUUGGCAUUCUCGGAGCUGUCAACCCCGGUAACGGCGCCUUAGUAUGGCGACAGCAGAUCUCCACCAACCUGACCAGCGGUGGUGGACAUUUGCGCGCGGGAGAGGGCGAGGGCUGGCUGGCCGGUGCUCAGGGCCGUUCUGUACACUCCUGGAAUGCCGUGACCGGGCGCAACGUCUGGUGGCUCGACUUCGAUGGUAGCGUCAAGGAUCUGGAGGUGAUGGAGAUGACCGAGAACGCGGGGCGCAAAGAUGUUCUCGCCUUGUUCAGUGAGGAUGGUGCUACAGUGUUGCGACGUGUGCACGCGACGGAGGGCACCGUGGUCUGGGAGUUCAGGGAAAAGACGAAAGACGUGCCACUACAAGUCAGCACCAACAUUGAAAAGGUGUUUGUUGUCAGCUUGCAUGGAUCUGCAGCUUCCUAUAGCCUCAGAGUCACCGUCCUCGACACGCUGACCGGCAAGAAGCUCGACGAGCACCUCGUUGGCACCAAGGGCGAGGUUGGCAGCGAGAAGGAUGUUAUGUUCGUCGGUGCCAACUCCGCGGCGCCCGUUCUUUCCUGGACUGACGACUCUCUCUCCAAGCUCAGGAUCAACGUCCUUGGCACGAAGAAGGUUCAGGAGUUCCCCCUGGAAAAGGGAACUGUCGAAGUUUUGUUUCACGCACCUCACGCUGUCCAAGCCCAAGCCCAUUUCCUUGUGCACAGCCGAACGUCGACCGGACACCGAGGGACGGUAUAUCAUAUUGAUCUCAAGAGCGGAUCUAUCCAGAAGGCGUACGACUUGCCCCUGGCACCUGGGAAGGGUGCCUUCUCGACCAGCUCGAGUGGUGCAAAUGUCUACUUCACCCGUCUUACCGAGGACGAGGUCAUCUUGACUGCUUCGACCUCGCAUGGAAUCCUUGGCAGGUGGCCCAUCAAGCCACAUCCUCAGGAAUCCGUCUUUCUUGAUGCUGUUUCCGAGGUCAUCAAGAAAUCAGAGGACAGCUAUGCUGUCCGAUCGGCAGCUGUCACGGAUUCGAACGACUGGGUUCUCGUUCGCAACGGAGAAGUUGGAUGGUCGCGGGCAGAGGGCAUGACUGGUGCUGUUGCUGCCGCUUUUGCAGAGAUCCCCGAGUCGGAGGACUUCGUCAAGACCUUGGAGGCCGAGGCUCACAGCAACCCUCUGUCGGCAUACAUCCACCGCGUCAACCGCCACAUCAAGGAUCUGGAGCAUCUGCCAGCUUAUCUGAAAGAUCUCCCUUCCCGAUUGCUAGGCAGUAUUCUCGGUACCGAGCUGGCGGCCAAGACUGGCCUUGUUCGUGACAACUUCGGCUUCAAUAAGUUGGUCGUUCUCGCCACGAAGCGCGGACAGCUCUAUGGCUUGGACUUUGCCCAUCAUGGAAAGCUGAUUUGGUCACGGAAGGUGAUCGAUCUUCCCCCUGGUGAGGCCUGGGAUGUGAAAGGAAUUCACGUGGACAACAACAAAGGAGUCGUCACCAUCCAAGGAGCGGAGGGCGAGCACAUUAUGGUCAAGUCGAUGACUGGCGAGGAAGUCGACAUGUUGCCCAGAGGUGCUUUACGCGAUAUCGUGACCACAGCUGUUGUGGAUAGCCCUUCGGGACAGUGGCUUCUUCCUAUCAAUAAGGACGGCGAUGUCGGCGAUAUUCCCGUCGCGUUUGCACCCAAGCAGAUCAUUGUUGUUCCCAAUCAGGACGGUGGCCUCAAGGGCCUCAAGUUCUCUGCGAACGGCGAGACCCUCACUAGUGAGACGACGUGGGAGUUUUCUCUGCCAGCUGGUCAACGGAUCGUCAACGUGGCAUCUCGGCCUGCUCAUGACCCUGUGGCCUCGAUCGGACGUGUACUUGGGGAUAGAUCUGUCAAGUACAAGUACCUGAACCCCAACACCAUUGUUGUCGCCGCUGUUGAGGAUUCCAAGUCGGUGCUCACCAUCAAUCUUCUGGACACGGUCUCUGGUGAGAUUCUUUCUUCACAGACCUAUGAGGGAAUUGAUGCCACCAAACCAAUCGAGUGCGCCAUUUCCGAGAACUGGUUCCUUUGCACCUACUUUGGCCAGUAUGCACUGAAGGACUCUACCCAAUCUUUGCGGGGCUAUCAGAUCGUCAUAUCAGACCUGUACGAGUCUGAAGAAGUCAACGAUCGGGGCCCGCUUGGCAACGCUGCAAACUAUUCAUCCCUCGAGCCGAUUGACACCCCGACGGGGAUAGUCUUGCCGUCAGUUGUUUCUCAAUCUUUCGUGUUGGGCGCUCCGCUCUCCGCCUUGGCGAUUUCUCAGUCCAGACAAGGUAUUACUACCAGGAGUCUGUUGGCAUGUCUUCCAGAAUCCCAUGGCAUCGUCGGCCUCCCACGGACUAUUCUCGAGCCCAGAAGGCCAGUUGGACGAGACCCUACCCCCGCGGAAAUCGAGGAGGGCUUGAUGAAAUACUUCCCUAGCAUUGAGAUUGAUCCGAAACUCGUUAUUACUCACGAGCGUGAGGUUAUUGGUGUACAGAAGAUCCUCACUACUCCGACAUUAGUUGAGAGCACGACCCUUGUCCUUGCCUACGGAAUCGAUGUAUUCGGGACAAGAGUGGCGCCCAGCUUUGCCUUCGAUAUCCUUGGCAAGGGGUUCAAUAAGGUGGCACUGAUCGGGACGGUGCUUGCCCUUGGUGUGGGUGUGAUGUUCCUUGGGCCGGUGGUUCGAAGGAAACAGAUUAACUUGAGGUGGAAGGCACCGAUGUAG